AUGGCCCCUACACCUGCCCCUAGAAGCACCGAGCACACAGGCCUGAAAGCCAGUCUUUCUCUGUCAGCAGGGUCAAGGCCACCAGGUGACAGGACUUCUGUGCACUGCGCAGAGCUGCAAGGGGGGACGAAGUGUAGCAAACAGGGUGGCCCUUACCAGAUGCCCCUUAGGAGGCCUCGGUGUCUGAGUGGAAGUAAGGGCGACCCGGAGUUGCACUUCCAGGGCACCUGCACUACUUAUCCUGACAGUGAGUCGCACGCGACCCAACCAUCCUAUCGCCUUUCGAAGCAAUGUGGACAUUUGCUUUGCCAGCUCCCUGAUAUCCCCCAGAGUAUAACAAAUAUGAUGUCAACCGCUUUACUCCUAACAGUAGUAGUUCUGACUCAUAGUCGCCGAAGUACACCCAGUACUAGUCAGACCACCAUCCAGACCUUUAGCGAGUUGAUUCAUUCAGUGAACAAACAUUUACCGAGUGCCUACUCUCUGUCGGGCACUGGGGCAAGAGGUCAAAGGCAGUUUCUGGUCUCCCGGAGCUCAGCAGGCAGAGGGAAACACGCUGCAACACAGGCUGCCGCCGGAGUGGGAAAGCAAAGCCUGUACUGGCAUAGGAGCCUGACCCGCGCCUUCACUUACUGCGCCCCAAUCAGACAUGGACUGAUCCUACAGACCCAGGGCCAGCGCAGUGGAUGGAGGCCGGGGGCGAGGUUCCGACUCUCCGCGACCAUCCCAGAGACUGUGGCCGGAGAAGGGGGUCCUCCUAAGCGAGAUUCCCCUAGUCUCUCGCUCUCCCCACUCCAACCCCGCAGGAAGCCCACACCAGGACAGAACUCCUCGUUCUACUCCCCCAACCCGAGCCCAUCUCGGUCCCGGCACCCGCCUCUCCCGGCGGGGCGCAGCCCAAGACCCCAGAGGGCAGGCGUGCCCAGCCCUCACACCAGCACCCGAAUCCAAGCCGGAUUGCAAGGUCCAGGGCGCAGAGUCUGCGGCCCCUUCCCUCCUCCGCCCAGGUCCCCACCGUAGAUGCGGCCCCCACCGCCUCUCU